UUAUCUCUCUUAUAAAAGAGACCGUCUUGUUUCGUGACUUUUGUUUUCUUAGACUGCGGCAAAGAUGUUCGUUCCUAUUCUUCUCGCAUGCGUUGUGGCAGUGUUUGGGAAACCUCACCAUCACAACGCGAUAAGCCAUGGUCACUACCACCAUCAACAAUUCCACAACCACCAGCCAACCACCAAAACCGAUACAGCGAUUGCCCCUCUCAUCGUGGGUGGUUCCACCGCGGACCCAAAAGAUUGGCCUUGGCAGGCGGCGUUAUCGAUGAAUGGUUUCCUGUUCUGCGGGGGCUCUUUGAUCGGUCCAAAUGAAAUCGGCGACUACUACGUAUUGACGGCAGCGCACUGUGUCUAUGGGGAUACCGCGGGGAGUUUUAAUGUGGAUUUAGGACGACACAAAGUUAAUAAUGAUCCCAAUGUACAAAGUCGAAGUGUGGAACGUAUAGCUGUACAUGAAGAUUACAAUAGAAGAACACUUGAAAACGAUAUUGCCCUGUUGAAAUUGGGAACACAGCCUAAUAUCUCCCAGGCAAACGUUGGCCCAGUAAACCUGCCCGAAGUUGCCGAUGAACAACCUCCUGCAGGCGCCAACCUCUGGGUAACGGGCUUCGGCACCACUUCAAGCGGUGGAACAUCACCUGAGUUUCUACAAGCUGUGGAGAAGCCUUAUGUACUUGACUCCGUUUGUGCAAGAAAUAGCGUAUACGGGAACGACUAUUACCCGGAUACAAUGUUGUGUGCGGGGUCAACAGGAUUGGAUGCAUGCCAGGGUGAUUCCGGUGGCCCUCUCGUCCUUCUAAAAUCAGAUGGCUCAUACACACAGUACGGUGUUGUCAGCUGGGGGAUCGGUUGUGGAUCACCUGGUUACCCUGGUGUGUAUGCUGAAGUGUCACAUUACCUUGACUGGAUUAAAAAAAACAUGUAUUGAUCUAAGAUGGAAACUCGCUUCCAGAUUUUUUCUAAUUGUCAGUAAACCUGUGUAUGGGGAAACCCCGAAUGAAAUAAAGUUUAUGAAGAAA